GAACCUUGAUCACCUUAUAUCAAUUAUCAUUGCCCAUGGAUCAAUCCUUAGCAUUUGAAAGUUCUUGCACUUAUUUCUUGAUUGGAUUUGAGAUCACCUUGUUUAUAUUUCUAGGAUAUUAGCUUGUUACAAAUCAUCCAUCUUCUUGUUUGCUUAGAUUAGGAAAGUUUGUGUAUUCUUGGUGUUAUAGAUCACUAGUUCCUUGUAGAUUCGAUCCUAAAAUGCUAUAAUGACAUACCAUUCGAUCGUGGUAUUGUUGGCACAUUAGGUUAAUUGGUGUGUGCUUAAACGCGUAAUCACUUAUGCAUCUGCAGCAAUAUGAAGUUAUAUGCGUGUUACAGGACCUAUCUUCUCGCCUAUAAUGUAUAUUUCCGAUGUAAAUUUAUAGGAGUUUCGAAGGAUAAAAGGAAUUAUAAACUCGAUGUUGGAACAUGCUGAGCUCUUCACUUCUGACAGGGAUGACAUUAGUGAAUAUAAGGUAAGGAUCAUGUAGCCUCCUAGUUUAGAAAAUGAGUCAUCUUAAAAUGGGAAAUACACGUACUUCUAUGCUUCUGGUAGUAUGUCACCAGGUGUGCAAGUGUUAAGGGAGAAAGCUUUAUGCAAUGUAGAUGACGUUUUGGAGAAUAUACUAAUCGUUCUUGAAUCAAUUCAGCUGCAGACUGAUGAAGCCAUUGUUCAACCUCUAUACGAUAUUUUUUUUCGAAAGAAUGUUAAAUUAAUUCAAACAAAAAAUAUUGUUUACAACCAAAGUUGCUUGUUUUAAGCUCAAAAGAAAUUGAAACUUUGCUUUACAUUAGAAAAUAGGAUCAUAUGAAGGAGAACCAAGUUCCCAUCCCUCCCUGAUAAGCUGAGUUGUGGUGAUAUCUGAUGCUUGAGAUACGAUUUCGAACUUGUUUGUUAAUGAUUUUUGUAAGCCCUGACGCAGCUUUGGGAUCCUCUCCAAAUCUCCUCCCAUUCCGUUCUGCCCAAACUGCACAUAGAGUGGCCUGGAAGACAUAUCGAAACAAAAACAGCUCCAGCUUGCUUCGCCUUCUAGUGAGAAGGGAUAUAAUGUCAUCCCACACAUUGGUAUAAUCCAUCCUCAAAAGCUUUCUGGUGAGACUCGACCACACCUCUCCCGAGUAUUUGCACUGAAAAAACAGAUGGUUUCUUGUCUCAGGACAGUCCUUGCAAAGCGGACACAUAACCGCAAUGCCACCAUUCCAUAGCGAUAUACGAUCUCCAGUAGGCAAUCUGUCCAGGAUAGCGACCCAUGUGUGGAAAGAGAACCUUGGUGUGCUGUAGCGAAACCACACACCUUCGAACCAGUCAACCCGUGCCUGCAUCCCUCGCAAGAGCAUCCAAGUUUCUUUGGUAGUAAAGCUCGGUUUAUAAUUAUUCUCAACUAGUCUUAUUAGUUAUCUUUAAGUAAGUUUGUCUUCUCCAUUUAUUAGAAGGAAACGUGCUCAGGACACAAUUAUCCUCCUGAUGUCAUUGCUGCUUGUACCUUGUUUAUAACCAUCUACUGGCUCUCUAAACUGUGUCCAUAGACAAACUAUAAAAACGAGUUAACCUCUGCAUCCCAGGAUCUAUUUUUCAUGUUUUUCCUUGCUUUUUGUAUUUUUCCAUUUAGUUGUGUGUUUGUAGGAUAUAAUGUUACACUCCCAAUCCAAAACAGACUAGAAUUAAAAACAUACAUAUUUCACAACAUCACAUAUCAUUAUUUUUGUGACAUCAGCUAGGUAUACUACGUACAAUGUGGUCCAAUAAACACUAUGCUCUGUAUUUUGUUAGUUAUUCCCUUUACUUUGGUCCUCUCUAGUACAAAAAUGUAACCCUUCCCAUAAAUUGAUCUUUCAGAUUACAUUUACAUUCGCUCAGGUUACAAAAGAUAAAUGGCUCUCUUAAAUUUUAGGUGGGGACACUCAUCACUGAUGAUGAUGAUCCAGACAUUAUAUUUAUUUUACUACCCAUGUCCUACAUAUAGUUUCAAUAAGUGUUAAUUAGUAAAUUGGUUCAUACUGGUUUAGACAUAUUGUAAUGGUCCAAAACCUUCAUAUCGACUUAGCUUUGUCAGAGCCAAGCCGGCCUGGUUUUUCUAUGUUUUCCGACAACAACAAAAACUAAAUAUUAGGUAGAUUCGACUAUGCUAGGAUUAGAUUGGCUUUCAACUCUAGAAAAAUGAUCACAUGUGUAACUAUCAGAAGCAAUUUUGAUUAUAUUGAGUUAGUAGAUUGUAACAUCUCUAAUCCGAUAAAACAUUAACUCCCCAAAUUUUUAGUCGUUAAUAUGUAUGGAUCAUUCGACCUCCAUUUUGAAUAAAAUAUUAUGUAUAGAUCAUUUAGUAAUUGUAGUAAACUCUAUAAAUCUAGAGUUUGAAACGAGGAAAGUAACCAGAGUUGCUCCCACAUACGAUUCGUUUACUUGUAUAGAUCAUUUAGUAAUUGUAGUAAACUCUAUAAAUCUAGAGUUUGAAACGAGGAAAGUAACCAGAGUUGCUCCCACAUACGAUUCGUUUACUAAUAGUACUAGUUUGCAUAUUGUUUUUUUGGGGGAAAUUGUAAUUUAGUGUUUGGCUGGACGUAGGACUAGGAAUCAGAAGCUUUUUAGAAAUAAAAGUUUGUUAGAUUCUACGCUUCCCGAUGGGAGACCGUUUCUUACUAACUUUAAGACAAUAAAACACAAGUACGGAUCAGAAGAGGUUCAGUUUCUCUUUUUGGUUAAAAGUGAAAACAAAAUCAUUAUAAUUUAUGCGAAGACAGAUGAUGAUUAUAUGCUGUGGAUAGUAUCUAGUACUGAUAAAAAUUGAACCAUCAUCUAUAUUUGAUAACUCACUGGAUCAGGGAUUCAAACGAACAAAUCAAACUCAUAGACCUCAUGUUCUUCUUAUAUGUUUAAUUGUUAAGACUUAUUAAUUUGUUAAUUAUGUCAUCAACUAGUAUGAUUGUUUAAAAUACUAAAUAGUCUUGUUUGCAGUUGCAUGUUAUAUAUAUAUAUGUGUGCGCGCGCACUAUAUUGUAAUUUAUAACUUUUGAUUUACUUGAUAUAAUUGUGAUUUUAGAUUGUAACUGCAAACGCAAAACCUAAGUGGUGUUUGUUAUUCGUUUACAUUUCGCAUCUACGUUCCACAAUUUUGCAAAUUUCAAUAGAUUUCUUAAAAAAGUAUUGUGCGUUUAAUGGACUUAACCACAAUAUUUAAACAUGUAACAUAUAGUUAAUGGCAAAUUUAAAUAUGAAAUUUUAAUCAGUGACGAUGUUUAUUCAGAAAUCAUCAUUUAUCCAACAUAAAAAUGAGGGUGGCGUAUUAGUUUGUAUAUAUAUGUUCACCGCCUGAGUCUAAUGAGAGAUGAAUUCGGGAGUUGACUCAUCCAGGCAUGCUUCGCUAAAAUAUAGGAUGAACCGAUGUGACUAAUUAAGCAUCAAAAAAUGGUUUAGGUCCUUUAGGAAGAUGUCUGCUUCAAUGAUUAAGCAAUAACUAAAGUGUUCAUAAUAUUAUUAUACUAUCAAUUAGUGAAUAAGAACCAAGAAUAUAUAUAUAGAGAGAAGGUUUUAGAUUUGUCCAGUUCUCGCAUGUCGCUGUGCCCUAAAUAAAGAAACGUGAGAGAAAAGAUUGCACGUGGCAGAGAGAAGCCUGCUACAUAAAGACAAAGAAGCGGACCAUAGGUCGGAGCUGAGGAGCCUGGACAGUCCAUAAACAUGCUAUGUUUAUUAGCCUACAUGACUCUGCCCUGUGGCCCUCCCUACCUAUUCUCUAUCUAGCUCUUCACUCCGUACUUUUCUUUAAAUUAACUUUUCUAACUCCAUGCAGUAAAAUUAUUGUGUGCAAUUAACAGAUUAGGUAUUAAAAGGGCACGCACAAGAUUAACCUUCUUGUUCAUCUAAAUAUUGAAUAUCUAAAUAAUUUAUCUUUUAAAAAACUUCAUAUUUCUAGACAAUGGAAUUUGUAUUCUAAUCGUUUCGAUGAAUCUUUUUUUACGAUAUCUACCUAAGUUAUAUCAAUACUUUUUCAGUAGUCGAAAAUGAAUGUGGUUUGGAAAACGGAUUAAGAGCAUCUCCAAUGUAAAACUUCAUUUUUUCCUUCAAAAUGGAGUAAAAGUGAAAAUGGAGUAAAAUUGCUCCAAUCCUACUCUAUUUCCUACUCCAUAAUGGAGUGAUGAACAAACAAAAAAAAGAUUACUCCAUUUAUGGAGUAAAUUUUAUUAUGGAGUGAGAUAUGGAGUUGGGUUGGAGCAUUCAUUACUCCAUAUUCACUUUUACUCUAUUUUAGAGGAAAAAAUGGAGUAGGGAUGGAGAUGCCCUAAGAAUGUCAGAAUAAAUUAUAAAUGGGUUUAGCUUCUCUAAUUAUUUAUAAGAAAAGAACAUUGAUUCUAAUUUCAUAAUUAAUACGGAUCAACCAUAUAUUAUCGAGUCAUGAAUUGUAGAAGCCAUAUAUUAUAGUUUAUAUAUAUACGAUCCGAUAAUAUAUGCAUAAAUGUGGCAUUCAACAGAAAUCAUCGUUAUAUUUUAGUACUAUUUACUUUAUAAUUUGAAUCCAUUCAUAUUUUUUUUGUUUUACCCACACUGUCGCUCUCCUUGAUAUCCGAGAAUAUAAAAUUUACUCAGACCAAUUAUAUAAGAUUGAAAGAGAAAGUGGAAUCUUACAAAAGCAUAUUGUUUUCUGAAAUGAUAUCUAAUGUAGAUUUUCAGAUUCGUAGUUGUGUAUGAAAAGACGAUAGAAAAUAGAACUGGAGAAACCCUAUAGUCUUCAUAUCUGAUACCUUUCUGAAGCACAGAAUAAGUAAAUGCUUUAUUCACACACAUUUAUGUAUGUCUAUAGGAAUGUGCGUAUAUAUAAAUAUUUACAACUAAUUUGAAUACUAUACUUUAAUGGACACCUAUGAUCUCAGUACAUGCAUGCAUGUUAUAAUGGACAUAUUGCAUUUCAUUUAUGAAUUCCAAUAUACAUAAACAUGCAUGCCAUGUGUGUACUAUCUCAGAGCAUCAGCAUUAGUGAACCCCUUGGAAGGGGUUCACAAAGCAUUUUUUUAUUAUUAUUUUUUUUCUGUUUAUUUUUGUUUUCAAAAAAAAAAAAAAAAAAAAUUUAUAACCGGACCAACCGCGGGCCGCCACGUGUCGUGGGGCCCGCGCUACAGUGAUGAUCCGGGUUCAGUGCAGUGAACUUCUAAGAGGGAGGUUCAUUGCUUUUGUUUAUUUUAAUAUUUUUUUUUUUCGAAAACUGUGUGAACUCUCCAUGGAGUUCACUAAUGCAGAUGCUCUCAGUAUUCUCAUCGCCCAAAUUGCGACAAAAGUGUGGGGUAACCCUAACAUUAUAGGAUUCUAGGAAAGUAUGAUCAGACCAACUUUUCCUUCUUUAUUUUACCAAAAAAAAAAAAAAAAAUUCCUUCAUUACACGCCUUAAUUACUCAAAACUUCCGCCUUUAUAUUUUCGUCUUUGGUCGACCUUACCUAAUACAUAUAUUCAUGUUCAGUUUAGGCAACCAGAUAUUAGCAACAAUAUUUUGGGGUUUGAUUCUUUAUAUCAUUAUAUGUAAUGCUUAAGUUAUGCUGAGUAAACAAAAUCAUGUGCUUUUGGUAACCGAACUUUUUGGCCGGGUUGGAAGCCAAAAUAAUUUCGAGAUUGUAAUCCAUCAUAUGAAGAUUUGUAGUGGUCAUAUAAUUCGUACUGUAUUAUGUAUACAUCUAAUCAGAAUAAAGUAAUAGCCGGCCGUAACCAAUAAGACCUAUUAAGUAACAAUCAUCAAGUGGAUCAAUUUUUCACAUGUUUAAUUCGCUGAUAAAAAUCUUAAUAUCGUAAAACAAGGAAGCUUGUCUUUUCAAUAUAGACCUAUUAAAUAACAAUCAUCAAGUGGAAGCUUCCAUGAUUUAUACAUGGCCAGUUGCAGCUGAGAGCUAUAAUAUAGUAUAUAUGUAAUACGGAUUCAUGAUUAUGCAUGAUUGGGAUAAUAUCUUUCCAGUUAUUUACACAAUCUAACACGAACUACAUUACAUAAUAUAAUUCCAUAACGAUUUGAACCACUAGUAAAUAGUAUAAUAUCAUUAUCAUUGACAUGCGCGGAAUUGGUAAGUUAGUCGGACAAACAAAAAAAGUAUAGGUAGUAACUAGGUGCAUAGAUAUUUUUUUAGACAAAUAUUCUUGAAAUGAGAAUGAAAUACAUGAAAAUACAUAUGUAGGUUUGAAAUUAAUUACGCGUGGAUUUUUGCUUGUGGCUUUCACCAAUAUGGUGCUUCUAUAAAAACGUACAUAUACAUGCCACUUUAAAAAGAUCAUAAGAAAUGAUACAAAAGAUUUGUUGUUUCUCUUUUAAAAUCCUUGAUUGAGUUGUGAUCUGGUUGACAUGAUGUGUCAUAAAAAAGAAUUCAAAUUUGAUGUCUAAAUAUGUGUAUAAAUUGUAAAGAGAACAAGUAAAAACUUGAUACAUGUAAAUACUAUAAUUAAACAUUGAUAACCGGUCUGUUUAUUUGAAAAUUUUAACUACAUUUGUAUAACUAUUUUACUCUCCCUUUCACGGAAAGUCUACACUUGGAUGAUUCCCAAUAUUCAAAUGAGCAAAAAUAAUAAUUGACUAAAAGACACAAUAAUAUGAAAUUAGUAAUUUCAUAAAAUGGAAUUAGAAAUGGAAUAAAAAGGAAUUGUAUAGAGAAACGAGAAAAAAAAAGUAAUCGCAGUGGUAAUUAAGGAAUGACAACAACAGAUGAAUGACGCGACGCUUAAUCACUUCCAUGCACACGUCCCUUUCUUUCCCCCACCUCUGCCGCCUUCAUUGGGAACUGCGAAUUCUAUUGUAAACUGUUAUUAUUAACUUCUCUCUUUAAUCCCUUUUACUUAAAAUUACUCAUUCCAUUUUCACGAAGAUAUACUCCCUCCGUUUUAUAUUGUCAGUAGUUUUAUUUUUUUUUUCUCAAAAUAUAAGUAGUUUUUUGAUAAAAAAAUGUAAGUAAUUUUCAUAUUUAUAGGUAACUUUUACAUUUAUUGAAUAUAGUAUGACCAAUCAAAUUAAAUAGAUUUAUUUUUGAUUGGUUAAGUUAUAUCUAAUCUAUUUAUUAUACAAUACCUUUUAAAACAUAAUAAUUUUCUUAAUCUUUGUGUUUUUAGCCAAAACUACUUACAUUAUAAAACAUAAGAAGUGGAGUAUUUUUUAGUGUUUUCACACAUAAUUAAAAAACACAUUAAAUCACUAUAAUAAAUGUAUCAUUUUUUAUAAUUUUAAAUUUUCAAUAAUUUUUAACCAAUAGUUCAAUAAAGUUAAUUAAUUUUUUUUUAAGAUCAUAAUUUUUCCAUAAAAAAUACAAAAAGUCUAUCUUCCUGAAAUAAUUUUUUUUCUAAAACAUCAAGCUUGAUGAAACAGAGAGAUUCAUUUCUUCGCUUACAAACACACCACAUUACAUUACAAGUGUACAUAUACAUGUGUGUUCACGUGCAAACCCAACCCAAAGACCCUAAGCUCGAUAUGUUAAAAAAAAAAAGACCCUAAGCUCGUGGAUCGUCUACUAUAUAUGCCUGAAUCGUCCCUUGUUCAUACUAUACACCGUACUAGAUCUAAGUUGUGAAUACUGAUGAAGUGGUUGGUAGUUUAGCGAUCAUAGCUAUAUUAAUAUUGAUCAAAGUCAAAUUAAAAUGUGGAAAAGGUGCUCACGUAUUUCAGACAUUCGUCCUUUUCUAGAGGAAGGAAUGUGCACAAUAUUUUGUGUGGUCACUGUAAAAGAAAAUACAUAUAAAUGUCCGUCAGAAGCUUACCAAUUUUUUUUUGUUUGUUUGAAAAAGAGCUUACCAAAUUUUUACUGCAAGUUUAGUUUCGUUUUCACUUACUACUUUUAUAUAACUAAAGUUUUAAACAGUAGCUACAGAUGUUAAGUUUUAGUUAGCAUAUGUUGUUUGACGUUAACAAAAAGUUUGUUUAACAAAAAAAAAUUAGCAUAUCAAUAUGAACUUUUCUCGUGAGUCUUUUUUGUCACCGUUAAACAAAGUUGUGGAUUUCUUUCAUACAGAUAUAUAAAUGGAAAUUUUAUACUAAGCCAUAAUUUAAUGAGUUUUUCUUUUAAUUGUAAAGCCCAAAAUUUGAUUGAAACAUUAAGGUUGAAAGUGAUCCAGAUGGUGGAAUAAUGCCCGUCUUUAAGCGAUCCCAUCAUUAAACGGUUUUGCCAUCAAUUUCUUGACUUCUUGUGACCACAAAGUCACAUAAAUUAAAGGUACGAGGAAUUAAUUAGUAUGAUGUGAUUUUCAGACACGUUUUCUGCUAAGCUCGUAUGGGUCAACCAAAUAAGAUGUAGACAAUCUGGAUUUAAUAAUAACUCCAGCACAUAAUAAGUGCUUGUAUACAAUGGUUGAAUAAGAAGUGAUGUCAAGAUCCGCUGAUCAAAUAUCACACUUUGAUUAUAAGGUACGAAAACAAAAAAGUUACCGAGUUCAUCAAGGUAUAAAAUACUGACAAAGUAAAACGCUAUGCAAUGUAAUUUUAACUGCGGUUUAUCACACCAUUUACAAAACAUUGUAUUUAUUGAGGUGCCGAUCGAUAAAAAUUUAGUUGUGUAAAAGUGAUGAGUUCCCUUUAAAUCAAGGGUGGGCAUGGAUCGAAUAAUAUCAUAAUUUUUAGUACUUGUGAUUUGCUUUAUAGUUUAUAAAUAUCUAAUUUUUUUAUUUAUUUUGCUUCGAAAAAAUACAGAUAUCUGGAUAUUCCAAAAAUUUAUUUAUAGAUAUUUAGGAAUAUUUACAAAUAUCUCAUCUAUUAUAUUCAAUACAAGUAAAUUUAGGAAAAAGAGUAUAUGGUUUUUUCUCAAAAAAUAUCUUUGACAUAAUAUAAAAUAAAAAUUUAGUGAAACUAUAUGUUCCAUAAAUUUUAAAAUUAAUUAUUAUUUUUUUUAAAUACAAAAUUUUAGAAAAUUGAAGUUUUUAUAAAUAUUGUAUACUUCUUUCUUAAUUUAAUACUUUUAUAAGUAAUUUUAUAAAAAAAUUAAUAAAACUAAAUUUUAAAAUAAUAAUUAUAUAAAAUUGUAUAUUUAAAAUCUAAUAUUCAAUUGUAGAUAUAUACCUAGUUGUAUAAAAGCAAAGGAGAGCGGAUAUCCGUCUUUAAAUUUUUUUUAUAUUUGUAAUUUAUUUCGUUUUAAACGGAUAUUGAGUUUUAAUAUUAGUUUUACUCUGAAGACUUAUAGAUAUCCAAAUUUUUUGGAUCGAAUCAUAACGAAUAACGAAUCAAAUCAAAUUUAACGGAUAAAAUGCCCAGCCUAGUUUGAACCAAUUUAUAGUGUUUAAUUGGUGUGUAAUUAUCAUUAUCAUUAUAUAUAUUAUGCUUUACUAUUUAAAAAUAUUUAGAAUAUGUUAAACCAAAACCUUAUUAGAAGACAACCUAGAGGCUAGAGUAAGAAGGUUUUGUUUUUGUUUUUACUCUCUCACAGUAAUAUCUUCUUUUUCUUUCACCCUUCUCUUACCUUGCUCACACCUUUUCUCUCCUUAUAUCUCCUUUGUGUUAUAUAAUACACAGCAACCCAACAAUCAAGAAGAUCAGAUAAUGGUGGGGUUUUUUAUUUUCACCUUAUCAAGAAUCCUCUGAUCAGUCAAAAUACACAUCAAUCAAUCACAUCCCCAAACACUCCAAAAAGGAAGCAGAUCUGCUUCCAACUUCAAAUCCCUUUUUCUUCUUACAAAAAAAUGUCUAUGUCGUCUAUGUCAUCUCCUUCCUCAGCUGUUUUUUCACCAGAGCACCUCUCUCCCUCUGAACAUCUUUGCUAUGUCCAAUGCAACUUUUGCGAAACUAUUCUUGCGGUUAGCGUUCCUUACACAAGCUUGUUCAAGACCGUAACCGUCCGAUGUGGCUGCUGUACCAAUCUUCUUUCGGUGAACAUGAGAUCGCUUGUCCUCCCAGCGUCUAACCAGCUCCAGCUCCAGCUUGGUCCUCAAUCUUACUUCACACCCCAAAAUAUUCUGGAGGAGCUGAGAGAAGCACCAUCAAACAUGAAUAUGAUGAUGAUAAAUCAACAUCCUAAUAUGAAUGACAUACCAUCUCUCAUGGAUCUUCAUCAAAAACAUGAGAUUCCUAAAGCACCACCCACUAACCGCCCUCCAGAGAAAAGACAGAGAGUCCCAUCCGCAUAUAACCGAUUCAUCAAGGAGGAGAUCCAACGUAUCAAAGCCGGUAAUCCUGAUAUAAGCCACAGAGAAGCCUUUAGUGCUGCUGCCAAGAAUUGGGCCCACUUCCCCCACAUACACUUCGGGCUCAUGCCAGACAAUCAACCCGUGAAGAAAACCAACAUGCCCCAGCAGGAUUUUUUGUUGCCAAACGAGACUAGAGCAAAGGGAGAACCAGUUACAGCUUGCCACGUCGUUUAGGACUAACCUCUAAAAAUCUUUAAAUAAGAGGUGUCUCUACCGAAAACGCAACAUUAUAUUAAUAUUCUAAUCAAAACCGCAUAAGAGGCUGGGUUAUGAACUUCUUAAAAGCCAGCGAUGGAGCUGGUCUUAUGAUCAUCAUAUCUUUAAAAUUGGUGAAUAGGAGGGUGAGGAGAACAUGGGGAUGAAAGAAGGGCUCUACGCUCCUUAUUAAAGAUAAAUAUAAGCUACAAGUAAUUGAGGGUUUUUACCAAAAAAAAAAAGUAUCUGAGAAUUUGAAAUCCAGUUUGUAGGGUUUAUGUUUACCCAAAAGUUGGGUUUAUUUUUAUUUCUUGAACUUAUAUAUAUUAUAUAUGCAUGCAUGCGUCUUCUUCCGUUGUUGUAAUCAAAUUCUUGCUAAUUAAUGAGGUUUGUUAUGUUAGUUUCGAUUUGUACUUGUAUGAUUAAUUAAUAAACUUUGCACAAUGUAUUUACACUCCAAGCAGAAUUUUAAAACUAAGUAGUACUAGUUGUUAUUAGUCUUUGAUUUAAUUAACAUCAUUGCUACAUUU